GUGAGACGAAACGACGUCGUUGGCGGUUAGAAAGACUAACCCCUAAACCCUACUGCGCCACAUUACACACUUCUCUCUUCUUCUCUGCCUCUCUUCGACAUUACUGCGAGAACCAAACCAAAUAAGAACAAAACGAAGCACCAAAACCCUAACCCUAACCUCUCAAUCCUCUUUUCAUCACAAAACCAUAGCUAUGGCAACUUCCAUAGCUUCCCAAUUAGCUUCUAUCAGAUCCAAAGCACUUGUUGAUUCCGCUCCUCAAAAAAGACCAUUUACUCGUCCUUCAAUCUUAUUCGAUCCUAAAGAAGCUGCUGAUAUUGAUAUCGAAUCCAUUUUCAAUAUCGCUAUUCAAGGUUUGGAGGUUCUUAUUAGCAAUGAUGAAAGGUUUAGGAAUUAUAAGAAUGAUUUGUUCAGUCACAGAAGUAAAGAGAUGGAUAGAGAGUUAAUGGGGAGAGAAGAGAAUGAUAAACUUGAUGUCUUAAUUAAUUCGUAUUUGAAAUUACUUUCUGGAUACUUUAAUCUUCCGUCCGCACUUAAAACGCUCGAGUAUUUGAUACGUAGACACAAGAUUCAUGUGCACAACUAUGAAUAUUUGAUUUUGUGUGCAUUGCCGUAUCAUGACACACAUGCAUUUGUUCGGAUAGUACAGAUACUCAAUAUAAGGAAUGGUACAUGGGGGUUUCUCGAGGGUGUGAAAGUUUCUGGUGCACCGCCACCUAGAAUGGUUAUAGUGCAGCAAUGCCUUCGUGAUAAGGGCGUAUUAGAAGUUCUAUGCAACUAUGCAUCUCCAUCUAAAAAGUUUCAACCUUCAAAGAAUGUAAUUGGCUUUUGUACUGCUGUUUUCAUUGAAGUUUUGGGUACCAUUGUGACGGUUGAUGAUGAUAUCGUCAAGAGAAUACUUCCUUUUGUGAGCUCUGGUCUUCAGCAUGGUAUUAGUCGGGUUUCAGAUCACAAGGCCAGUUCCUUGAUGAUAGUUAGCUUGCUUGGAAGUAAAGCUGCAUUAGCUCCCAAACUUUUGAAUAGAUUGAUAAAUUCAGUUGCCGAGGUUGCUCGCGAGGAGGCUAAUGAGUUGGAUCUUCAAUGGUUUCGGCUGUCCCUUAUUGCCUUAAUCAAUCUUGUCCAGUCCCAAAAUGUUGGAAUACUUCCAAUAAAGGCCUUGGAGGUUUUAAAGGAACUAAGGGAUUUGCCAAGGGUUUUAUUAGAAUUUUCUAAGGAGUUCAACAUUGAAAAGUUUCUUGUUGUUCUCUUGGACUCCCUCAUUGACUGCAGUUCUAAAGAUGAAUACUGCCAGCAGGCUUUGCUGUCCUUGAUAGAAAAGGUCCCCAUGAAUGAUUCUGUUCAUCAGGUGGUCACCAAAAUCCUAUCAAAUUGUGUGAAACUAUCACAAAAAGUUGACGACUCAACAUCUUUGAAGUCAGCUGGCUGGGCAAAAAAGACUCUGAUAAUUGUCAAUACAAAGUAUCCUUCUGAACUCCGUGGAGCCGUUCAUCAUUUCCUUCAGCAUAACAAAGCCCAAUCUAAGAAAGAUAAUUCACUGUAUAAGAUUUUAUGCAAGAUGUUGGAUGGGAAUUUGGAUUCAUCAUCUGAUAUCUCAGAGUCAAAACUUUGGUUUGCCUUGUAUCAUCCAAAGGCUGAUGUUAGACGUACUACACUGCGUGAUAUAAAUUCUUCUGGCAUCCUGAACAGCGAGGCAUUUGUUUCAGAGGGUCUAAUUGACAUUCGAGAGGCCAUAUUGAGACAGCUUGAUGAUAAAGAUUUAACAGUUGUUCAAGCAGCUUUAAAUGUUGAUGGCUUGCAAAAUGUACUAGGUUUUUCUAAGCUUCUCGAGGCACUGCAGAAUGUGUUACGAAGAUGUGUUGGCAAGCUGCUGUCUGGUUCAACCGAUAAUGUUAGUGUAACUGGAGAAGUUGCUAUCACUUGUCUAAAGAAAGCCAUAUCGUACUUCCAUGAUCAUUCUGAUUACUUGAAGAACAUUGCUGCCAUGAUUUUCCCAUUACUACUUGUUAUGCCACAGACACAGGGUUUAAAUUUAAAAGCUCUAGUACUAGUCAACAAAAUUAACUGGCCAGUUUAUCAGAAUAUUGCUGUUUCUAGCUCUGAUGAAGCGACAUCGAUACCUGGAAGUUUAUCUUCAAUUAACUUGAAAGUUAUCAAUAGCUUGGCUGGCAAUUUCAUGGCCCACCCUGAAGAUAAUAUUUCUUGGUUUGUUGAAAGCUGCAAUGAUUCAGAAUUGUCAAAGACACUCUUUUUUUUUGUUCUACUUCAGUCUCUUCUGCUGAUAAAACCAAAAGGUGAUGAAUUUUCUGCACUGUUUGGAAGUGUGUUUCCUAUUCUGAAGGCUGAGUGGGAAUCUUUAGUGAAUGCUGGUGAUGUUCUUUUGGAUGAGUUCAAUUCUGAAGUGUUAGACUGGGACUGUAGUGCAUUCUUUGAUCAACUUUUGUAUGCCAACCUCAGAUCCCUAAAUGCAAAAGUUAUGGUUUGCAUAUUUUGGAAGCUGAUAAUGUCAGCCGAUUCUUCAGGCAAUCUGCUGGAUGAUAGCAAGAUAAAGGAUUUGUUUGUAUUUUUUGCUUCCUCAAAGUUCAAACAUGUAUUCAGUAAACACCUCCAUUUCUUAGCAGCACAUUGCAGUGUAUCACCUGCCCGGCUAUUAUCUAAGUUUUUCACAGACGAAGGCGUUCCUGCUGCAGUUCAGGUUGAAAGUCUCCAGUGUUAUGCAUUUCUUUGUAGGAUGUCACAAGAUAGAUGGCAAACUGAACUUUUGGUCGAAUUUCCUUCUCUUCUUGUUCCAUUGGCUGGUGAUAAUCAGUCUGUAAGGGUUGCUUCCAUGAACUGUACCGAUGAGUUACGUGCCUUGUGGCGUCGCAUCGAUUGUUCUGGCAAGAUAAACGGGAAUAAUGCGACAUGGUUCGAUUUUCUGGGUGAACUUCUAUUGCUGUUGGAUCAGCAAAAAACACUUAUACUGUCAGACAAGAAAUUUCUUCCAUCAUUGUUCGCAUCCACGCUAGGCUCUUCCUGUCAUAAUAUCUUAGUACCUCAAAAUAUGGAGAACAGAUUUGAUCAGCCCACAAAAGAAAGAAUAAUUGAGUUCAUUUUGGGUUCUGCUCUGGAAUUCUCCAAUUAUGGGAAGCUAAUGAUUCUCUCCCUGCUCAAGGGAAUUGGGAAUGCUAUUAUGCAUCCUAAAGUUGCGCCAAUGUUGUCUCGUUUUAUGAAGCAAUACUAUGACAGGAGUCGCAAGUCUUCCCAGAAAUUUUCAAACACUGAAACUCGGAUAAUGUGCCUUUUGUUGGAGGUGGAGAGCUGUGCUAUGUCAUCUUCCUCUGGUGGAGACGAUCUUCAAUAUCCUUUACUGAAAGCGUUGCAGUUGGAUGGCAUGACUUCUGAUGACCCUGCCUACAUAGAGCCCUGUAUUUCUGUCUUGAACAAACUUAAUAGUCAGUUCUACACGGGGUUGCCGAAUGAAGUGCAGGAGCUUUUAUUUCGUGCGCUUGUGUUUUUGUGCCGUAAUGCAAAUGGUGAUGUACAAAGUGCAACUAGAGAGGCCUUAUUGCGCAUAGAUAUAAAUUUCUCAACUGUUGCUCACAUACUUGAUAUCAUACUUGCAACAAAAUGUGGCAUAAUUAAGUCAGCAAAUGAAAAGACAAAAAAGAGGCAGAAAUUGACAACAGAUCAAGAAGAUAAUCCGGCCUACAUUCUUAGUCCCCUUCUUGAUGUUUUGUUAUUGAAGAAAGACAUAACAAACAGGCAUUUUCUUUUAGAUCCCUUAUUUAAACUUCUUAGCAAGGUAUUUUCAGAAGAAUGGGUAAAUGGUACUCUUUCCCUUGAGGAAGAAUCAAGCCAAACAUCAUCAAGUCCUUCUGAAACAGUAAAUCAUAUUCAACAGACUCUGUUGAUUAUCCUGGAGGAUAUAAUCAUCUCUCUUAAAAGCAUGGAUGUGUUAAACGAAAAAAAAAUGACGAAUGAGAUUAACAUUAAGCUACUGAUAGAGUGUGCCCGGACUACCAAUGUUUUGGUCACCCGCAACCAUAUAUUUUCUCUGCUUUCUGCUGUUAUUAGGGUCUUACCAGGAAAAGUCUUUGGGCAUAUACUUGAUAUUCUCCCAGUUAUUGGAGAAUCAGCUGUCACACAGAUUGACAGUCAUUCAAAGCAUGUUUUUGAGGAUCUUAUAUCGGCGAUUGUUCCUUGUUGGCUGUCCAAGACAGAUGAUGUGGAGAAAUUACUGAAGGUUUUCAUAGAUGUUUUUCCUGAAGUAGUUGAGCACAGAAGGCUAUCAAUUGUUCUAUAUCUCCUACGAACUUUGGGUGAGGGUAAAAGCUUGGCCUCGUUACUUAUCUUGUUGUUCUCUUCAUUAGUUUCAAGGAAAGCCACCUGUUUCAUCAAUAUUCAGACGCCAGAUGCCUUAACAUUUUUUACUAAAGAGUGGGAAUAUAAAUUAGCAGUGCAGAUUUGUGAACAUUUGACAAGUAUGAUUUGGCUUCCAUCUUUAGUUAUUAUCCUUAAACAGAGAGUAAAUAAAAAUAUUGACCAGUCAAUGUUUCUGGAGUUGUUUCUGGCAAUGCAAUUUUCUUUGCAAAAAUUGCAAGAUCCUGAAUUGUUGUUCAAGCUAGAAUCAGGAGAAGACACAGUUGUCAUUCAGAGUGCACUUGGAGAGCUUAUGGAAUAUGUUGUUUUCCUCUUGCAUCUUGUAGAUGCAAAAAAAAAGCAACUGAAUUUCCCUGUCAUUAUGAGGAAAGAGUUGAAGGGAACUACGCGUGCUGUUGUGAAGAAUAUUACAAUGGUCAUGCUACCUUCAGUAUACUUUAAGAGCAUAAUUAAGUUGCUCCAUCAUUCAGAUAAAAGUGUUGGAAAAAAGGCUCUUGGGCUGUUAUGUGAUGCUGCAAGAAAUCAUGAAAAAGUCAGCUUAAUGCUUAAAGACAAGAAAGCUUCAAGGUCAAGAUCAAGUUUUCCUUGGCUUCAUAUGGAUGAAAGCUCUCACGAAUCACUUAAUAAAAUGUGUUUAGAAAUUCUUAGUAUACUUGAUGAUUCAUCAAAUACCUCCUUGAAAGUGGCAGCAGUUUCAGCGUUGGAAGUUCUUGCAGAAAGGUUCCCUUCGAAUAGUUCCAUCUUCGGUGUAUGCCUUGGGUCUAUUACAAGAUGCAUUACAUCUCAUAACAUGGCUGUGACUUCUAGCUGCCUUCGAACAUCUGCUGCGCUGAUCAACGUUCUUGGUCCAAAAGCACUGGCUGAACUUCCUCAAAUUAUGGACAACGUGAUGAAAUCCUCUCGUAUUGUAAUAUCCAAUCAGGAGUUGAAACCAAAAGCUAACGAGGUUUUAUCAGCCUCAAAUGAACCCCAUUUUAUUUCCGUGCUCAUUACUUUGGAGGCGGUUGUUGACAAGCUUGGUGGAUUCCUAAACCCAUAUCUCACAAAUAUCAUGGAGCUUCUGGUGCUUCAUCCCGAAUAUGUCUCAGGAAUGGAUUCCAAAGUGGAAACCCGAGCUCAUGGAUUACGAAAGCUUCUUGCGGAAAAAAUUCCAGUACGACUUGCCUUGCCGCCACUGUUAAAACUGUACCCUGCUGCUGUUGAGGCUGGGGAUAAAAGCUUAACAAUUGUGUUUGAUAUGUUGGCAACAUUUAUUGGUAUUAUGGACAGAUCAUCAAUUGUGGCAUUCCAUGGAAAGAUUUUUGACUUUUUCUUGGUUGCUCUUGAUCUUCGCCGUCAAAGUCCUCUUUCAGUUCAAAACGUUGAUUUAGUGGAAAAAGGUGUGCUGAAUUCUAUGCUUGCGCUGACCCUAAAACUAACUGAGAGCAUGUUCAAGCCUCUUUUCGUAAAGAGUAUUGAGUGGGCAGAAUCUGUAGUGGAUGAAACUGCAUCCGGAGGAAGCAUGGAUAGGGCCAUAUCUUUCUUUGGCAUGAUAAAUAAGCUUGCUGAGAACCAUAGGUCUUUGUUUGUUCCUUACUUCAAAUACUUGAUCGGUAGCUGUGUUCAUCAUCUUGGUGAUGGUGAAGACUUUAAUGUGUCUAGUCUGAGGAAGAAAAAGAAGGCUAAGAUUUUGGAUGACGGCGAUGUAAAAGAAACAGGUAGCUUGUCUAUUAAGGGAUGGCAUCUCAGGACACUAGUCUUGUCAUCCUUACACAAGUGUUUUCUCUAUGACACUGGGAGCUUGAAGUUUCUCGAGUCCUCAAAUUUCCAGUUGUUGUUGAAACCUAUUGUUUCUCAACUUGUCAUAGAUCCACCUGCUUUGCCAGAUGACAACAUGAAUGUACCUAGCGUGAAGGAAUUUGAUGACCUACUUGUUGUGUGCAUCGGUCAAAUGGCGGUCACAGCUGGCUCUGACCUUUUGUGGAAGCCUCUGAACCAUGAGGUUUUGAUGCAGACACGCAGUGAGAAGAUGCGAACUAGAAUAUUGGGCCUGAGAAUUGUUAAAUAUUUUGUAGAUAACUUGAAAGAAGAAUAUUUAGUGUUAUUAGCGGAAACAAUCCCCUUCCUCGGCGAACUGCUUGAAGAUGUGGAGCUUUCAGUUAAAUCACUUGCUCAAGAAAUUUUGACGGAAAUGGAGUCUAUGAGUGGGGAGAGCCUUCAACAAUACCUAUGAUGAAGUUAAGAUUAGGAGGGUAAUAUUUUCACGGUAUCAUGAUAUGUUUGAGCUAGAAAUGUGUAAUCAGUCAAAUAUAGGAAAUUUGUUUUGUAGACAUGUAAAUUGUGGCCAUUUAAAGGAAAGAUGGCAUUUUUUAUACUGAUAAGUGUUAAUCCAAUUAUUUUCUUGUGUA